UUUUUUUCUGCAUUGUGGUGACAGAAAAUAAAGAAUCCAAAAUCUAAGAAUCUAAAAUGUAAUCCUAUAAAUACAAACAUUACUUGAAUAUAUAUAUCAAAUGAAAAAAAAAUGAUUUACAAUCUAUAUCGUUUCAUCUACUUCAUAACUUUUAAAUUAUAAUUUACAUAAUUCAUAAUUGUUUUUAUUUAUAUGAUUUAAUUUACUUUUCAUCAUAAUAUUAUAGUUUUAUAAAUGAAUAUUGAGAUUAAACUCAUAAGCAGACUUAUAAAAGUUAACAGGUAUUUUGUUUUUGUUUAUAAUGAUGAGAUAGUUGAAAUUUAAAUACCAUUUUAAGUUAUUUUGAAUUAAUUGAAUAUAGAGUAUAUAUUUUCAUUUAAACUCAAAUUUUAGAUUAUUUCGGGCAGAUCUUCCUAUAAAAAUAUAUACAAGCUAACAUACAUUUAUUACAAAAUAUAAUUAAUAAUGCAACAACAAAAUCAUGAAAUUUGCAACGCUAAAAAUAUAUUUGCUUGUUCAAAUAACUUAACGAAAUAUUUCCAAAUUUCAAAACAUAAUUUGAGAAGGCAAAAUCCAUAAAAUACACUUUAUACAAGUUAUUUUCAUUACGGAUCAUCGUAAUAAAUACAAAUUUAUUGUAGGCCACCGAAUGGAUAAGAUUUUAAAAAGAAAAUAAUGCAAAAAGGAUUAUAUAUCAAAGCAUUUUUUUUUGAAUAAAUAUAUCAAAGCAUUUUAAUCUGUGCAAUAAUAGUUUCACUAAUGAGAUCGAAUAAGAAAUUGCGUGGCCUCAAAAUGAUAUAUAUAUGUGUGGCUAAGGCAUAUGCUUCUUAUGUUUUAAGGAGGGGACCAUGACAAUGCUAAUGUGGAGGAAAGUAUUGGUUUAGAAUAAUACCAUAAUUCAUAACAUCGAGAAACCAAAAUGUUAUUCCCAACCUUAUGAUAUGAGCUUGGCCUCGUCAGUUGAUGCUAUUGAGCUCUGAUCAUAUCGGCACAAAGCAUUAGAUUCCAAAUUCCAAAUUCCAAAUUCCAAUCAGGACACACUACUACUUCCCCCUAAUAAGGAGGAAGAUGUGAGAGUGUUGACAGCAUUUGCUUCAACUUUUUCUGCAGACCCGGAGACUCGAUAUCUUUUUAGUCUUCUAUAAAGUCAUACCACAAAGAAUCUUUAACUACUUGACUAAAUUGCAUGUACGAGCGAACUCUAUGUAAUACGUACUUUUUUUCAAUAAAAAAUUCUUGUAAAAUACUACUACUAUAUUAAGCAAUGACUGCAAAACUUAACAUGUGUCUGCCAAAAGUUGUUGUCCCAAUCUAGAUACACUUCAUCUCAAAAAGUACGGACAUCAACGCAAAUCUACAGACACACAAACGUGGACUUGUUUGAAACACGAGUUUCUCGAGACUCCUCCUCCUCUCAUUCAUCGAAUGCGACCUUUUAUCAAACUUGUUUCCACAAUAGUGAGUUUCAACCAACCAACAACUCUCCAUUUGCCUUUUCUAUAAACAGUUUAAAAACAUUUCUGAAUCUCUCAAGAAACAACAAUGACAGAAACACAAACUAGCAUUGAUCAACAAGAAGAAGAAGAAGAAACAAGAACAAAGACUCAGCCCUUGAUCCCAGGUCUACCCAACGAGAUCGCCGAGCUUUGCCUCCUUCGUCUUCCUUACCCAUACCAUGCUCUCCUUCGCUCCGUUUCAUCUUCAUGGAACACAACAAUCACCAGCCCUAGCUUCCUCCACUCCAAGCAAUCUCUCUCCAUCUCUUCCCCUUACCUCUUUGUCUUCUCCUUCAACAAAUCAACGGCCAAGGUUCAAUGGCAAUCCCUCGAUCUCUCAUCCGGCCGUUGGUUCGUUUUACCUCCGAUGCCCAGCUCCUUCGCCAAGAUCUCGUCUCCCCACGCGCUCUCCUGCGCGUCGAUCCCGCGUCAGGGAAAGCUUUUCGUCCUCGGCGGCGGCGAGUCCUCUCGCUCCGCCGUUGUCUACACCGCCUUGACGAACCGCUGGUCGCUCGCGUCUCCGAUGCUGAGCCCGAGAACGUACUUCGUCUCCGGGAACCUAAACGGUAAAAUCACGGCCGUCGGCGGGAGCUUGGACGGCGGCGGAGAAGCGACGAAGGACGUCGAGUCGUACGAUCCGGAGAGCGACACGUGGAAGGAAUCCGCGAGGCUUCCGAUGGUGAUGGCGAAGUACGACUCCGCCGUGAUCGGGAAAGAGAUGCUGGUGACGGAAGGCUGGGCGUGGCCGUUCAUGUUUCCGCCGAUGGGACACGUGUACGAUUCUGAUGAAGACACGUGGCGAGAGAUGAGCGGGGGGAUGAAGGAAGGGUGGACGGGCGUGAGCGUCGUGGUCCGGGGGAGGCUGUUCGUGAUCUCGGAGCACGGAGAUUUUCCCAUGAAGGUUUAUUCGUCAGACGACGACACGUGGAGGUACGUGAGUGGCGAGAAGCUUCCGGGGAAGACGAUGCGGCGUCCUUUCGCCGUGGCGGGAGUCGAGGACCGGGUCUUCGUGGUGGGCGAAGGGCUUAACGUGGCGGAAGGUAGAGUGAAUGAGGGGCAAAACGGGGAAUUUAGUGUUGAGUGGAGGAUGGUCACGUUCACGUCGUCUUCUCAUCAAGCUCGUACUCAGUUCUCACCUGCUAGUUGUCACGUGCUUUAUGUCUGAUUGAUUAUAUAACAGUACUGUUUUCUUAUUAUUUUGUCUCAUAUUGGUUUAUAUAUUUUGAUCGAUUUAGAAAUUCAUAUAAUAUUUAUAAAUUCAAGUAAAAUAUGUAAAUCCAGAGAUUUUUUCUCGGA